AGAGCGGUGAAGAGAAGCAAAAACACAAAAAAAACUUUAGCAAUUGAAUUUAAAGUGUUGGUGUUGUGCAUUGAAGCGUUGGUGUAUGUGAGAGGAGUAGUACAAUGGCCACAACAACUCAGGAAAAAGCCACGCCCAACACUCCUUCUUGGACCACUCCCCUUCAUUCCUUACCCAAUCCUCCUCCUCCCAAAGGUAUCCCACUCAUGACCAGGCCUCAAACCUCCCACCCUUUGGAUCCACUAUUAGCCGCUGAAAUAUCCGUGGCCGUAGCUACAGUUCGAGCUGCUGGCCCAACCCCUGAGGUGAGGGAUAGCAUGCGCUUUGUUGAAGUGGUCUUGGUUGAACCAGAUAAGCAAGUUGUUGCAUUAGCAGAUGCAUAUUUCUUCCCUCCUUUCCAGCCAUCAUUGCUCCCUAGGACUAAAGGAGGACCCGUGAUUCCUACUAAACUUCCCCCAAGAAAAGCACGAUUGGUUGUUUACAACAAAAGGUCAAAUGAGACAAGCAUAUGGAUUGUUGAACUUAGACAAGUGCAUGCAGCAACUCGAGGUGGUCAUCAUAGAGGCAAAGUAAUUUCUUCUAAAGUCGUUCCAAAUGUUCAGCCACCGAUGGAUGCUGUGGAGUAUGCUGAAUGUGAAGCUGUCGUGAAGGACUUCCCUCCUUUUCGAGAAGCAAUGAAGAGAAGAGGGAUUGAGGACAUGGAUCUUGUGAUGGUGGAUGCCUGGUGUGUUGGAUAUCAUAGUGAAGCAGAUGCUCCUAGCCGCAGACUUGCUAAACCACUAAUUUUUUGUAGAACUGAGAGUGACUGUCCCAUGGAAAAUGGCUAUGCUCGUCCAGUUGAAGGAAUCCAUAUACUUGUUGACAUGCAAAAUAUGGAAAUUCUUGAGUUUGAAGAUCGUAAAUUGAUCCCCCUUCCACCUGCUGAUCCGUUGAGAAAUUAUACUUCUGGUGAAACCCGGGGAGGAGUUGAUAGAAGUGAUGUGAAACCAUUACAGAUUAUUCAGCCUGAAGGUCCAAGUUUUCGUGUCAAUGGGCACUUCAUUCAAUGGCAGAAGUGGAACUUUCGUAUUGGUUUUACUCCUAGGGAAGGUUUGGUAAUUUAUUCUGUAGCCUAUAUUGAUGGAAGUCGAGGUCGAAGGCCAGUGGCCCACAGAUUGAGUUUUGUUGAGAUGGUGGUCCCUUAUGGAGAUCCUAAUGAUCCUCACUAUAGGAAGAAUGCUUUUGAUGCUGGAGAAGAUGGUCUGGGUAAAAAUGCUCAUUCUCUCAAGAAGGGAUGUGAUUGUUUAGGCUAUGUCAAGUACUUUGAUGCUCACUUCACAAACUUUAAUGGAGGUGUUGAAACAAUAGAGAAUUGUGUUUGCUUGCAAGAAGAGGAUCAUGGAAUUUUAUGGAAACAUCAAGAUUGGAGAACAGGUUUGGCUGAAGUUCGGCGGUCUAGAAGGCUGACAGUGUCUUUUAUAUGCACUGUGGCUAACUAUGAGUAUGGAUUUUUCUGGCACUUCUAUCAGGAUGGAAAAAUAGAAGCUGAGGUCAAGCUUACGGGAAUUCUCAGCUUAGGAGCAUUGCAACCAGGUGAAACUCGAAAAUAUGGCACGACUAUUGCACCUGGAUUAUAUGCUCCUGUCCACCAACACUUUUUUGUUGCGCGUAUGGAUAUGGCUGUUGAUUGCAAGCCCGGUGAAGCAUUCAAUCAGGUUGUUGAGGUGGAUGUCAAAGUUGAAGAAUCAGGAAAGAAUAAUGUUCACAACAAUGCAUUUUAUGCAGAAGAAAAGCUGCUUAAAUCAGAAUUGGAAGCAAUACGUGAUUGUAACCCUUUAUCUGCUCGACAUUGGAUUGUUAGGAACACAAGGACGGUGAACCGAACCGGGCAGCUAACAGGAUACAAGCUAGUACCCGGUUCAAAUUGUUUACCCAUGGCUGGUUCAGAGGCCAAGUUUCUGAGGAGAGCAGCUUUCUUGAAGCAUAAUCUUUGGGUCACUCCUUAUGCUCCCGAUGAAAUGCAUCCUGGAGGAGAGUUCCCUAAUCAAAAUCUGCGUGUUGGAGAAGGUUUGGCUACUUGGGUUCAGCAAAAUAGAUCACUGGAAGAAGCUGAUAUAGUUCUUUGGUACGUAUUUGGUGUGACACAAAUUCCGCGAUUGGAAGACUGGCCAGUUAUGCCAGUGGAACGCAUUGGUUUUAUGCUUAUGCCACAUGGGUUUUUCAAUUGCUCCCCAGCUGUAGAUGUUCCCCCAAGUGCAAGUGAUUUGGAUGAUAAGGACAAUGGCAUGUCUGCAAAGCCUAUUCAGAAUGGGGUAAUUGCCAAGCUCUAAAAGGACCAUAAGUAGAGUCAUUUGGUGAUGUUUACCAUCAUUUAAUUAAAAAUCGUCAUUCGUAAAUAACGAAGUUUCUUGUGGUCCACAUGUGAUGUAAUUGUAAAAUGAUACUAUAUUGGUUGCUGAAAUCUUAAUUGAUGCGAAGUUCCUUUCA